ACAAUAUUUACUCCAAUUUAACUUGAUAAAAUGUCGGAGGAAAUUAAUUUUGACUGUGAAAUUGAUAUAAAAGAAGAAAUGGAUUGUUUGAAAUCAAUUUGUUCAUAUUUUUUAGACAACAACAAUGAUAAUAAAGUGGACAAUAAAAACUGUAAUAAUAAAAUUAAAAGUUAUCCUGAAAAAAUGAAUGAAAACAGUGAGUUUUGUAACUGCCCAUUGUCAAAUCUUGAUGAACAAUUACAAGCAUCAAUAAUACAAGCUGAAAGAUCAAUAUCACAAAUAAGUCUUCACAGUAAUGUACCUCUUCAAGUCAGUAAAAAUAAUUUGUCAAUCAACAAGAUCACAGAAUUACCUCUGGAAAAAAACAUGUCAUCAAAAGAAAUAGAUUUUUUUGAUGAUGAACCACCAACAAAACGAAGCAAGUACAAUGAUUUUACAAAUAUAAAAAUAUUUAUUGAUGAAGGAACACAAACACAAGCUCCAGCAUCACCUGAUAAAAUAAAAAAAAAAAUGAUAAACCAAGAAACACAAACUGUUGAUCAAAAAACACAAAAUGAUGCUGAUAAAAUUAUGAUAUCAAGUGAGACUCAAACUGAUGAUAAACUACUUGAUAUUACAAAAAAAAAUAAACCAAAAAAUGAUAAUUCAUUGUUGAUUAUUGAGGAAAUAAAGACAAUUAUUGAUAACAGAAAAAAACGUUUGUCAUCAUUGUCAUCUAGCAUCACCAAAGCAAGCAAUUAUCUGGAUGAAUUAAAAAAAGCUUUGGAUCCAUCAAUGUCAUCAACAAGUCCAACAGCUUUACUUCAACUACCAAAAAAUUCUGGCUAUGAUAGUCAAUUUGAUUUUCCAAUUAAAAAUCGUUACUGCAAAUUACCAGUUAUUGUUGAAAAUUCAAGUGGAAUACAUCAAUCGAAAUUGAAAAAAACACUUGUUAUAAAUAAAACUAAAAAAGUUGAAAUAUGUUUACCAAGUAAACAAAAUAAAAAAUCAUUAAAACGUCGUGUUUUAAUGACAUUAAAUAAAGAAAAUAUUUGUUACAGAUGAUUUUACAUUUGUUGUGAUAUUGUGUCGUCACACUUCUAGGUUUUAUUAUUGUUAUUGUAGUAUUAUUCUGUCAAGGCUACUGUUUGUUAUGAUUAGUUUUUCAAUUGUCUGAUAAAUAAGCUUAAAAAUAACUUGAUAAUUAUAAAAAUACUACAACAUGUUAAAUAAAUUAUAUAUUAAUAAUUAAAUAAUUAAAUUUAAAUGUCAAUUUGUUUUUUUUUUUUAUGUAAAUUCAAGAUGAAUAAAAAAUUAACCUCCAAAAAUACACCUUUAAGAAAUAGUAAAUCAGCAAAUAAACAAUUUUGUUCACCAAUUGGAAUAACUCCAAAAAAUAAUAAGAAUGUUAAAUUAAUUUCAAGAUCAGUUGAUUCAUUAAAACCAUUGACUGAUAAAAAUGAAAAUUUAACACCAAAAAGACCUCAUUCAAUUGACGAGAGUUGUCUGUUAAAAAGAAGAAGAAUUGAGCUUAAAAAUCAUCAUCAAGAUGAUGAUAAAACAAAUGAUGUUGAUGCUGUUUUAACAAGAUCAGAUUUAUCAGCUAUAAAAAGAAGAAUAAGAAAUAAAAAACAAGAAAUUGAAAGUAUUAAAAUUAAGCUAAGUUACAGAAAUAAACAUCAAACAAAAGAUCUUGAUGGUGAAAUAAUUAAAUGGAAAAAUGUUUGUCACAAAGCAUUGAUACAUUUUCAAAAAGAAUGGAAUCAAAAUCAUGCAGAAGGUACAUCACUAGAUAUGGAACAAAUUAUGAAACAAUUAAAUAUUGAUCCUGAUGUUGUCAAGUUUCCAGAUGAUUAGCUAUAAUUUCUAUCAAUAAAAAAAAUUUGUUUUCUAUUUUUUUACAUCACAGCAUCAUUAAUUUAAAUCAUUGUUUGAUUCAUCAUCAGUUAUUAAGAAAAAUCAUGCCUGGAGCAUUUAAAAAUAAAUAAAA